UACUUUUAAACACUGCGCGAAAUGGGGCCCCCCCGAGAGCGAAGGGAAUCUCCUGACUUCUGAGCAGGACUAUCCUGCAAAGUGUGGUUGGGGUCGGGUUUUCCCCCAGCCCAGGAAUCUGCUCAGUGAGUCAGUCGCAGUGGCCAAGUUCGCUCCCUGCUGGGGCAGGCUGUGAAAGGGGGGUUCUUGGGAAGCGAUGGAACAGUUCAACCGGCUGAGGUCAGAAGCUGCACUCCCGCCCUUCUUUCUUAGGACCCUGGGAAACAGCUCGGAACCCGGAACCUCCCGCUGGGUUAGACAUACAUAUUGCUCUCCAGCUCUGGCCUCAUCUGUUCUGGGGAGGUGGGAUUGAAAUAUGUGCAGUAAUGUCAUCCCAAAAGAGAGUUAAGAACUCUCGGGCACAAAAGAAGAGUUCACAAGGUAGUAAUAGUUAUCAGACUAAUCUCUCAGCCUGGAGAGUGAAAGAGGACCUAAACGACUCAAAGAGUGUCUCAAAACAUGGACAAAACAACCCAGUGGAAUAUUAUGAACAUGCCGAUGGUAAAGCAGAAGAUGCUCUGCAAAUAGCAGUAAGAUACUUCGAGAAAGGUCCCACUAAAACUUCACGGAGUAAAGAUAAAACCUUGGAAAAACACUUGAAAACUGUGGAAAAUGUGGCUUGGAAGAAUGGGUUAGCUCCAGAAGGAAUUGACAUUCUUUUAAAUGUGGCACUCAGUGGCAAAUUUGGGAGUGCUGUAAGCACUCGGAUAUUGAAGUGCAUGAUUCCAGCAACUCUAAUAUCAGAAGAUUCUGUAGUUAAGGCGGUCUCCUGGCUUUGUGUUGGCAAGUGUUCUGGUAGCACCAAGGUACUUUUUUAUCGUUGGCUGGUUGCAAUGUUUGACUUCAUUGAUCACAAGGACAAAAUUAACUUGCUCUAUGGCUUCUUUUUUGCUUCAUUGCAAGAUGAUGCGCUGUGCCCCUAUGUCUGCCAUUUGUUAUAUUUACUUACCAAAAAAGAGAAUGUUAAACCAUUUCGUGUGAGAAAACUGCUUGAUCUUCAGGCCAAAAUGGGAAUGCAGCCUCAUCUCCAGGCUUUGUUGUCACUAUAUAAGUUCUUUGUUCCUACUUUGAUUUCUGUAUCUUUGCCUGUAAGGAAGAAGAUCUAUUUUAAGAAUUCAGAGAAUCUAUGGAAGACGGCUCUACUUGCUGUGAGGCAAAGGAAUCAAAGACCUUCUCCAGAACCUUUAAAGCUGAUGUUAGGUCCAGCUAAUGUCCGUCCUGUAAAAAGAAAAUGGAAUUCUCACUCAGUUAUACCAGUGCUAAAUUCUAGUAGCUGCAAUAAAGAAUGUGGAAAAAAAGGGAUGAGUCUUUCUGAUUAUCUCAGUAGCAAUGGAUCAUUUCCACUAGAACAGCUUAAAAGCUUCCCUCAACUCUUACAGAACAUCCAUUGCUUAGAGCUGCCUUCUCAGAUGGGCUCAGUACUGAACAACUCUCUGCUACUUCAUUACAUUAACUGUGUCAGAGAUGAAUCUGUCUUACUGAGGCUCUAUCACUGGUUGAGUCAAACAUUGCAAGAAGAAUGUAUUUGGUACAAGGUGAAUAAUUAUGAACAUGGAAAAGAAUUUACCAGCUUCUUGGACACUAUCAUCAGAGCAGAGUGCUUCUUACAAGAGGGGUUUUAUUCCUGUGAAGCAUUCCUGUAUAGGAGUCUUCCUCUCUGGGAUGGCCUCUGUUGUCGGUCACAGUUCCUUCAGCUUGUGAGCUGGAUUCCUUUUAGUAGCUUCUCUGAGGUGAAACCACUUCUUUUUGACCAUCUAGCACAGUUCUUCUUUACAUCAACCAUUUAUUUCAAGUGUAGUGUUCUUCAGAGUCUGAAAGAGCUACUGCAGAAUUGGCUGUUGUGGCUUUCUGCGGACAUCCACAUGAAACCUGUGAUGAACAGUCCUCUAGAGACAACUUUAAGUGGAUCCUUGAACUCUGUGUCUGAACUGAUUGACUAUGUAGGGUGGCUGUCCACUACUGCAAUGCGCUUAGAAAGCAACAGCACUUUCUUGCUGCACUUCAUUUUGGAUUUCUAUGAGAAGGUGUGUGACAUAUAUAUAAAUUAUAACCUUCCAUUAGUGGUGUUGUUUCCUCCUGGGAUCUUCUGUUCUGCACUCCUCAGCCUGGAUUCCAGUAUCCUGAACCAGCUCUGUUACAUUAUGCACAGGUAUCGUAUAAAUUUGACUGCUGCAAAGAAAAAUGAGUUGGUACAAAAGACAAAAUCAGAGUUCAGUUUCAGCAGCAAGACCUAUCAAGAAUUUAAUCACUAUUUGACAACCAUGGUUGGUUGUCUGUGGACAUCCAGACCGUUCCAGAAAGGAUUAUAUAUUGACCCCGAAGUCUUAGAAAAAGCUGGAGUAGCAGAGUAUAAAAACAGUUUAAAUUUAGUCCAUCAUCCUGCUCUGUUGAGUUAUGCUGUUUCCUUUCUGCUACAGGAAUGGCCAGAAGAAAGGACAGUAAACAUGAGCUCUAUUCGGGGAAAGAAAUGGAAUUGGUAUUUGGACUAUUUAUUUUCAGAGGGAUUACAAGGCUUGAAACUUUUCAUAAGAAGUAGUAUUCAUCGUUCUUCUGUCCCCUGAUCAGAGAACAUAAACCAUAUGAUCAACAUUAA